AAGCAUAGUUAUUAAGUGACACAUUUUUUCGCAAUAGAAAUUUGUUGCACUUUUGAAAAGUAUUACAAUCGAUCUUUGAUAGAAACUUGAGAAAUCAAUAAAUUUCUAUGAUACACCGAUUAUUUAUCGUAAUUGUUUUCUGUAAAUUUAAUCUGACUAUCUUGGAGAACUCGUCAAGAAUAAUUUAAUUUCGUAUCUCUUCAUUUGAACAACAUACGUAAUAAAUGAAGUAAAAGAGAUAAAGAUAUGCAAAGGUUAUUGCUAUUUCGACGUUACCGACGACAUUAAAAAGCGCGCUUAAAUAUCUCUCGAGCGAAGUAUCGGAGAAGUAUAUCUGCAAGAGCCUUCAGUACGAAGUAUAUCACGGAACGUAACGGUAAGAAUAGAAAGUAAUUGUUUCAAAUAAUAAUUGAUGAAAGUAAGGGAAUGGUAAAGUGCUUAUAAUGCGAUCGAGUGGAUUGGUUAAGAUCGUACGAUACAUACAGUACUUACGAAAUAUUUUUUGUCGUAACGUCUUACCAGAUUUUAUUUAAAAAUAUUAUCAAAAGGAAACUCUGCUAUCAGAAUUUUUCCAUUAAAAUUAAUUAAUAUUGUUGAAAGGAGAAAAAACGUAAAGGUAGCAGUGAACAAUAAUCGAAGCAGUGUUAAAUAAUAAAACUUGAUGUUAAAAAUCAGAUACGUUGAAUCAUAACGAAAUCAUAUGUUACGCAUGCGCAAGUGAACGUAACGAGUCGAAAAAAUUGCAUGACGAGUUCAAUAUCACUGUUCGAAAAUUAUACUAAGAAGGACCGCGUGGUUCGUGAUGGCCGAUAAAGGAAGAGAGGAUUUAUUGCAACAAGUGAAAGAACAAGGAGAUCUUGUACGAAAAUUAAAAGCUGCUAAAGGAGACAAAACUCAGGGAUCUUCAAAUAUAUUGCCUGAUUUAAAAACCUUAAAUAAUGAAUUUGCGGAUAUCAGCUAUGUAUGCGGCUGGAUCCCUUCAUCUAAAGACAAUCAGCUUUUCAAUUUAUGUACAAGUAAUUAUAAUGACAAUUUUGCAAAGUGGCCACAUUUAAAUCGAUGGUAUAUUAACAUGAAAAGUUUUACCGAGGCUGAACGUUCAAACUUUCCUGCCUUGGAAGCAUCAUUUACUUCCUUGGCAAAAAAACUUGAGAAUAUGAGUGAUAUUUCCUGUUGUAAUAAUAACAUGCUUGAUAAAAAGAUAGCUGAUGAAGUUUCAAAACUGCUGGAUUUGAAAGCACAAUUAGGAGAGGAAAAUGCUGUUCAACGUAAACUCAUCCUCAAAACACCGAAAGGUACAAGAGACUAUAAUCCAGAACAUAUGUCAUUACGACUGGGAGUCCUGGAGAAAAUAAUUUCAGUAUUUAAACAUCAUGGUGCUGAAACUAUAGAUACACCUGUUUUUGAAUUGAAGGAUGUUUUAACAGGGAAAUAUGGUGAAGAUUCUAAAUUGAUCUAUGAUUUAAAAGAUCAGGGAGGUGAAAUACUUGCUCUUAGAUAUGAUUUAACAGUGCCUUUUGCUAGAUAUCUAGCUAUGGGAAAAAUAUCUAGUAUUAAAAGGUAUCAUAUUGCCAAAGUUUAUAGAAGAGAUAAUCCAGCUACAACAAAAGGACGUUAUAGAGAAUUUUAUCAAUGUGAUUUUGAUAUUGCUGGUCAAUAUGAUCCUAUGAUACCUGAUGCUGAAUGUAUUCGUGUAAUCUCAGACGCAUUGGAAUCUCUGGAUCUAGGAAAAUUUAUAAUUAAAUUGAAUCAUAGAUCAUUACUUGAUGCAAUCUUUGCUACAUGUGGUGUUCCACAAGAUAAAUUCAGAACUAUCUGUUCUUCGGUUGAUAAGUUAGACAAAACACCUUGGGAAGAAGUAAAGAAAGAAAUGGUAGAAGAAAAAGGUCUAAACGAAGAGACCGCCGAUAAAAUUUGGAAUUACGUGUCUAAGUCCGGAGGUGCAAAUUUAAUAACGGAGUUAAGAAAAGAUGAAAAUUUAAUGAUGCACAAAUCUGCUAUAUUCGGAUUGGAUUCUAUGGAAUUAUUAUUAAAAUAUUGUAGCAUCUAUAAAGUUAUAGACAAGAUAGUUUUUGAUCUAAGUCUUGCACGAGGACUUGACUAUUAUACAGGAGUAAUUUAUGAAGCAGUUUUAUCUGGAGAUGAUAUCGGCGUCGGUAGCGUAGCCGGAGGUGGUCGUUAUGAUAAUUUAGUCGGAAUGUUUGACAGCAAGAAGAAAACCAUACCUUGCGUAGGUGUAUCGUUAGGUGUCGAACGUAUUUUUAGUGUUUUAGAAGCUAAAAUGGCGAAUAAAGGUGCGAAAAUCCGAACAACAGAAGUAGAAGUAUUCGUAGCUAGUGCUCAGAAAAAUUUACAUGAAGAAAGAAUGCAUGUUUUGUCGGAUCUUUGGGAUGCUGGUAUUAAGGCCGAACAAGCGUACAAGAAAAACGUCAAACUAUUAGCACAGUUGCAGCAUUGUGAAGAAAAUGGUAUUCCUUUAGCGAUAAUACUUGGCGAGGGAGAGUUAGCGAGAGGUGAAGUCACCCUAAGAGAAGUUACUACGCGAAAAGAAGUUCCAAUACCAAGAGAUCAACUUAUCGAUGAAAUUCGAAAACGGCUACAAAACUCAACAUAGCGAGCAAAUUAUGAUUAUUUAUUCUUUUUUUUUUUUUUUUUUUUUUUAUAGUUA